CAAACUGCUCCUCCUCUCGCGCCCCCCAUUCACCUUCUCCCUCAUAACGCUCGAGCGUCUCUCAUCGUCUAUGGCACAUUCUACGACGUGCGCAUCCGCAACAUGGUGCUCCUCUUUCCCUCCACCUUCGUUGACAACCCUUUCCUCACGCGGGCCGACGUAGCGCUAGGCCUCAAGGGCCUCCUCGACCCCUUGGAGCCUCAUACAUCGCGUGGCGGGGGUAGCAUAGACAUCGGCUCAACCGCUGCUCACUACGACACGCGUGCUGUGGCGCUCGAGGCGUUUGCUCGGCCACUUUGGGGACUCGCAUCCUUGUUGGCCGGCGGAGAUGAGUACUCGGGUACUAAGCGCUGGGUGGUGGGACUGGCGAGCGGGACAGAUCCUCACAGCGACGAGUACUGGGGUCUCUCGAGAGCCAAAGACCAGCGCAUGGUCGAGAUGAGUCCGCUUAGUUUCGCCAUAGCUCUCGUCCCCGACGCCUUCUACAACAGUCAGACGCCGGAGGCGCAGGGCAACGUCGCCACCUUCCUUGCCUCGUGCAUGACUCGACCAAUGCCUGACACAAACUGGCUAUGGUUCCGUGUCUUCGCUAACCUCGCUUUGCGCUCCAUCGGCUCUGAGCUUCACCAGCCCGAAAGGAUGGCAGCCGACCUGCAGCGGCUGGACUCAUUCCAGCUUUCUUCUCAUCCACCGACUGGUGGUGAUCUCGUCGGGUCAGCGGGGUGGAGCCGCGACGGCCCCGAGGAUGUCAAGCAGCUGGACUACUAUUCCUCGAGCUUCGCAAUACAAGUCGCGCAGAUGGUCUAUGCUAAACUGUGUGCCGACACGGAUCCAGAGCGUGCCAAAGCAUACAAACUGCGAGCUCAGGAGUUUGUCAAAGACUUCGUGUACUACUUUGACGAUGAGGGAAACGCCAUCCCCUUUGGCCGCUCGAUGGUCUAUCGCUUCGCUGUCGUCGCGACAUUUUCGGCCAUGGCCCUCUGCGACGUCGAGCCCCCAUCUUGUCUGGAAUGGGGGCAUAUCAAAGGCCUGGUGCUGCGCCAUCUCAGGACCUGGUCUGGCAAUCGUGACAUCUUCCGAUCUGAUGGGACCCUCAACAUCGGAUAUGCCUACGACAACAUGUACGCGACGGAGAACUAUAACGCCCCCGGAUCGCCGUACUGGGCCUGCAAAGCCUUCCUCUGUCUCGGUGCAUCUCUGAGCCAUCCCUUUUGGACCUCUGACGAGCUGCCCUGGCCCAGCACCAUGCCGAGCAUCAAGGCCCUCCCCGACCCGGGGCACAUCUUGGUCCGGUCGGGCGGACACGUCUUCCUCCUCUCGUCCGGCCAGACGGCACACUACACAAUGCGCAACGGAAAUGCAAAAUACUCCAAGUUUUCGUACUCGUCAACCUUCGGUUUCUGCUACUCCACGGGCACGCUGGACCUGGAGCAGCUCGCCGCGGACGGGAUGCUGGCCCUGCGCGACGCGACGCCAGGCAUCGAGGCCUCGGACUCGGACACAUGGCGCGUAAGGCGGGUGCCGCUCGAUGCGCGGAUUGUGGGCCGGGGAACCGACGACGUCCACCUCCGCAGUGCGUGGCGGCCAUUUCCCGAUGUCUAUGUGGAGACGUGGCUCUUCCCGCCAAGGGACAGCCCGAACUACUAUGUGCGUGUGCACAAGAUUACGACGGGUCGGGCACUCGAUACCGCCGAAGCAGGGUGGGCGACUUACGGUCAAGGCGAGGACGGCCGGGCGCUCGUACAGGCUUUCUCGGGGGAGACGUCGCCCGGGGGCGUGGAGGGCGAGGGCGAGGCUCGGGCAACCACGCGCGGAGGGUCAGUUGGCGUGGUCGACCUCAAGGGGUGCGGGACCGGGGUCAUGCGCCGAGGCAAGUUGGUUCAGUCUGACCCAAACUCGAACGCCGUUUUUGCCCGUUCUGUCCUCCCAACCCUCCUCGGCCACCUCGAGCCAGGAGAGCACUUCUUGGCAACCGGAGUCUUUGGGGCGCCGCCUUCCGAGGGGGAGCGCUGGGAUGAGGAGUGGGCACGGCGUCCUUCUGUGCCUCUACAUCUGUUGUAGUGAUUCGAGUCCAUUAGCUGCCGCGGAGGGCGGGGUGUAAGGAGCGCCGGAUGGUAGUAUAAAUGCACUCGGCACCGACGGUCGCUUCACUUCCGAUCCGCAGUCCCUCUCCUUCCUUCGGCC